GGACCGUGAAGUGAGCGCUGUGUCUCUUUGAGUCCCUGGAUAAGACGUGCAGAGCGGGGAAGGAAAGACAUUUUUUACAGCUUUAACCACAGAUAAAGAAGUUUAUUCGUACAUGCAUUGAGACAGAGGUGAAGUUUUUUUUCUUUUUUUUGGCGGACACAUAUUUUUCUCAACUCCAAAGUUUCAGAAAAGGGAGUUUUUUUUGCAGAGGAAACCGUGACUGGCAGUGGGAGUCUUUAUACAGUCUCGGACAUCUUUUCACGAUGUUUGACAAGCAGCAGUACGAGAGUCCACCUGUCUACAGUCCUCCUUUCACCUCACCAUCCAACCAUGGCUUUGUUCCACCAGGCAGCUUUCAUGCUCCUCAGAGCGAUUACAACGCGUAUCCACCUCCGCCGGGCUCCUACUACGUCGAGGAGAAACCGCAGCACUUCUACAAAUGGCGGUCGCCACCCGGACUUGUCAAAUCCAUGAUGGCCGUGGUGGUCGUGCUGUGUGUGGCGAUAUUUGCCUGCGUGGCCUCCACUCUCAUGUGGGACAUUCAGUAUGGAUAUGGAAUGGGAACGGGUUAUUACGGUUCUGGGAUGGGCUACGGCGGUGGCUAUGGUGGUGGCAGCUACGGUGGUGGAUAUGGCGGUGGAUAUGGCGGCGGCUACAGCAACUACGGCUCCUCCUACAUUUCACCUUACUCAGCCAAAACUGCCAUGAUUGCCAUGGCAGCCAUCAACUUUAUAGGGGCGCUGUCUUUCUUCAUCGCUAGUUUCUCUAAGUCCUACGCCGUCCGCGGCAGGAAGUUCUUUCUUGCUGUCCUGGUAGCCAGCAUCAUUAUGGGCGUCCUGCAGGGCAUCAUAAACAUUGUGUAUAUUGUCGGGGUGAACCCAAUGGCCCAAGGAUCCUCCAGUAUGAUGUACAAUCCGAUGUUGAUGAUGUGCCAGAACCUCUACCAGACUGGCUAUUCCCAGAUGGGAGGAGUGGGAGGUUUCCCCAUGUACAACCAGUACCUCUACCAUUACUGCUUUGUUGACCCUCAGGAGGGAGUAGCCAUGGUGUGUGGAUUCCUGAUUGUCAUCGCCUUGGGUGUUGCAGCUUUCUUUGCACACAAAACCAGAGGGAAGAUCUGGCGCUACGGGAAACCCAACAUCUACUGGGACAGGCCUCUUGUUGGUGGGAAGGCCUCAGAGGGCAGAGAUGUAGAGGACUGGGUGAACAAUGUGGAGGAAAGCCGCAGCGUUCAGGACGCCCCUACCCUGUUGGUGUCAGAGAAAGGUGGCGGACUGCUCAACGCCUCGGCGAACAGUGUCAUCUCCUACCCCCCAGCCAAGGUGGACAGCAGCUCUUUUAAUGAGGACACAUAUGACAACAACCAAUACUCGGAAAGGACCACCAGCCGACCAUCAGAGGUGUUCUCCCACGGUGGAAGGACCAGCUCCAGUCCGUCAGAAGAGACAGGCGGAGGCCGUAAACCCUCUGCCAACAGGGGCAAGAGACGCAGACGUAACCCUGAGCUGGAUGAGUCUCAGUAUGAGACGGAGUACACCACAGGAGGAGAGACAGGCAACGAACUCGACGCAGAGGAGUGGGAGAGCAUUUAUCCGGAUAUAACAUCUGAUGAACAGCGUCACGAAUAUAAGAGAGAGUUUGAUGCCGACCUCAGGGAGUACAAGCGCAUGUGUGCAGAUAUGGACGACAUUAAUGAUCAGUUAAACAAACUCAGUCGGCAGCUGGACACACUGGAUGAGUCUUCUGCCAAAUACCAGGCUGUAGCAGAGGAAUAUAAUCAACUGAAGGACUUGAAGCGGACACCAGAAUACCAGUCUAAGAAGAAAGAGUGUCGCAGGCUGAGACACAAACUUUUCCACAUUAAACGCAUGGUGAAGGACUACGAUAAGACCCACUAAUGAAUCCACUCGACACUCUGCUCUCACAGACAGCUGGACGCCACGGUCCACAAGCCAAGAUACACUCCAAAAUACUAGACUCUGUGAAAAGGCUGAGACCAAAUUUACCUGUACAGCGCCUGCACUCACUGGACACAGAUGGGCACACACAAACACUCACGCACACACACACACACACACACACACACACACACACACAUACACACACACACACACACACGGGAACACACUGUACGUUUGCGCAGCUAUCCUUUUAAGGACAUUGCAUUGACUUCCGUUCAUUGUUGACACCUGAACCCAAACCCAAACCUUAACCAGGACCUCAGAAAUGACCUUUUGCCUUGUUAGGACCAGGCUUUGGUCCGCAUGAGGACUACUGGUCCUGACAAGGUUGGUGAGGUUGGUGUUUAUGGUCCCCCUGAGGUAACAAAAACAUGCGCACACCCACUCAGAAACACACACACACACACAUACACACACACACACACACACACACACACACACACACACACACACAUACACACACACACACACACACACACACACGGGAACACACUGUACGUUUGCGCAGCUAUCCUUUUAAGGACAUUGCAUUGACUUCCGUUCAUUGUUGACACCUGAACCCAAACCCAAACCUUAACCAGGACCUCAGAAAUGACCUUUUGCCUUGUUAGGACCAGGCUUUGGUCCGCAUGAGGACUACUGGUCCUGACAAGGUUGGUGAGGUUGGUGUUUAUGGUCCCCCUGAGGUAACAAAAACACGCGCACACCCACUCAGAAACACACACACACACACGCACACAUACACACACACACACAUACACACACACACACACACACAAACACACACACACACAUACACACAUACACACACACACACACACACACACACACGGGAACACACUGUACGUUUGCGCAGCUAUCCUUUUAAGGACAUUGCAUUGACUUCCGUUCAUUGUUGACACCUGAACCCAAACCCAAACCUUAACCAGGACCUCAGAAAUGACCUUUUGCCUUGUUAGGACCAGGCUUUGGUCCGCAUGAGGACUACUGGUCCUGACAAGGUUGGUGAGGUUGGUGUUUAUGGUCCCCCUGAGGUAACAAAAACAUGCGCACACCCACUCAGAAACACACACACACACACACACACACACACACACACACACACACAAACACACACACACACACACACACACACACACACAGAGAGAGAGAACAUACAGUAUGUUAAUAUUAAUGAUCCAGACUUGAGUUUUCCUUCACUCUCUGAUCAGAACUGGAUGAAAUACUUUUUAGGGAGAAAUGGGAGCAGCACUUUGAGCUGCAGCCUCUUCCACUGCAAAACACUGCCAUUGUAUUUAAGGGUCAGCUCAUUGUUGUCCGUGUGCAGCCACCUGUAAAGAUCAGAGGGUGCGGUUGGAGAAAGGUUACCUGAAAGUCACCUGACCUUCAGUCACCUGUGAUAACUGUGCCCGGUUUCUGUCGCACUGUUUGCUCUCUAGUUUGGCAACUGUUCCAUGUAUUAUCUCCACAGAUAAGAGUCGGAGCGGUAAUGGGUGAGACGGGUUGCCGAGGUUAACAACAAAUAUGUUUCUGUGUAACCCUUUCACAUUGCAUUAACUUUGUCAAAAGUGAAGUCUUGUGCUUUUCUCAUCUCUGUGUCAGUGUUCGUAACUAACGUCAGUAUCAACAACGUUAACUUCUCUCCUCCCGGACCAUGUGUAUUCUUCUAAUGUACUGGCUUUAUGUCGACACAAGAUUUUGAUACUGAAUAUCUAAAAAUAGAUGCAGUGAGACCAAAAAGGGGGCAUAAUGGCCAAUUGUAUAUACUUUUAACAGAUCCUGUUUAUACUACAUACAUAUUAAAACAAUUGUUUAUGUACUGCAGGAAUCAAAAGAACAAAUUUACAGUAUGUGACUGUGUAUUAGGUAAUUAGCAUCUGUGAUGACAUUAUCUGUUAUUUGUACAUACUAAAGACACACAAGGGCUUGUUUUUAAUCAGUGGUCAUUUAAAAUAUGCCGAAGCUAUGAAGUAAAUGAAUAAACACUCAGACUGCUUUUACAUUUUUUGUUGUACACCCUCACCAAACAUGAAAACAUGUCUGUAAACUAAGCUCAUAUUCUCAUUAGAUUCCUUAUUGCCCGAUGAAAAUGAUCACUUGCUGAUUUCAUGUGUGGUAAUUUUGUAUUAAUCCACUUCAUGUGCAAAAAUGUUACGAUAUUGUGUAUCAUUUCAAAUUGUUUUGACACCCUUAUGAUUUGUCAUGUAUUUGUAUUUCUAUGAAGAACAUUGUUGUCAUUUUACAAACCAUUUACGAGCCAUUUAUUUUUGUAUGGAUUUAUUUUCUCUGAUGCUAUUAUAAAGGACCUUUUUUUUGUAACUGUGUACUUCCACAAAGUAUGAUGUCUAAAAAGUAUUCAAUAAGUAAUAAACAUUUCUAAUUCUCUAAAA